AUUCACCUGGCAGCAAAUGGAAAUUAGUUAGCAGUAUGAUUACGCCACGAUGUCAGGCUGGUGCAGUGGCUUUGAAUGACAAAAUAUUUGUUAUGGGAGGCAUCAAUGAAAACAGUUUAAAAUCUGUUGAAUGUUACGAUCCAUCUUCGAAUACUUGGAAACAGUGCGGGGAUAUGAAUGAAGCUCAUAAUUUCCCUGGGGUAGCCGUACAUAAUGGAUGCAUAUAUGUUUUAGGAGGGAUUUCAGAAAUUAAAAUAGUUGAUCCUCAAAGUAACAAAUGGACAAAGAUUUGCUAUUUACACGUUGGACGUGGAUGCAUGGGUUGUGGUUUUGUAGGUGAUCAACUGUGGGUUGUCGGAGGCUGGAACUCAAAGUCCGUGUCAGUUUACUAUGCAGAAGUUGGUGAAUGGGUCGAAAAGAAGCCAAUACCUGAAGCGGGUCGAUACUGCUGUUAUGUUGUGCCUAAAGCUUUACUUCAAUGUGAAUGAGAGAUAAGGAAAUUUACAAAGUACUUGGUUGUAGACUUAUUCGAGGUCAAUAUAUUUUGCUUAAGCAAAUUUUAAUUUUCACCUUAUCUUGAACAUGAAUGGUUUCUAUUACUUUAAAAUAUUUUUGCUUGUAAAAUGCGUUCUUUAAAUAUAGGUUAAAUAUAACCAAGAAGAAAGUAGAAGUGAUUACCAUAGUUCUCUCUUUCGGGCUGCGACUGGAAUAUCAAAAACCGAAUAUAGAUAUUCGAUAUCAUAUUAAAGGAAUUUCUUGAUUAAAUUUUUUAUAUAUGUUUUUAACAUUAUAAUCAGCUACAAAAAG